AUGACUUCCCAAAUCUCCGAUCCCAUCCUGCCCGUCUCCGAAGAUCCGACACCGUCGCCCGCUCAGAUCCCCUCGGAGCAACCACCCAAAUUAAAGGGCCGUCAGAAGUUGCUGCAGAAUCUCCAACGCAUAUCCUCCAGUCCGACCUUGACUCGACGUGGACGCUCAUCUUCGAGCGCUGGUUACCGUCGGGACCACAAGGCUUCUCUAUCCUGCGUUUCGUUAUCUUCACCUUCUUACUCCCCUUGUCUAGGCAAUGGAAGUUCCUCCCAGCUCUAUGGGGGCCUUCACCCUAGACCUGUCACUACUCCUAACUGUUCCCGUUCCCCUGACGGACCUCAGGACAUAAAUACCCGCAUUCGACUGGUGGACACUGAUGGCCCGAAUGUCUCUUUGCCUCGCACCGUUCCAUUGCCAUUUGAUGUGAAGCCGGCACCAGGAGGGUCUCCGCGCUUGACAACACCUGUGGAUGCCACGAUCGAAGAGACACUCACUCUUCCAGAGGCUCGGCCGGCCCGAACUCUGGAUUUCUGGAAUGAUAUGCCGCGAGAACUCAAGAUGGAGAUCUUCCAGCAUCUGACCCCGCAGGAGAUUGUUCGUUGCUCUGCUGUUUCCAAAUCCUGGAAUGAAAUGUGCUAUGAUGGACAGUUGUGGACAAAGGUCGACACAACUGAAUACUAUUCCAAGAUCCCGAGCGAUGUCUUGGUGAAGCUCAUCACUUCCGGAGGUCCCUUUGUCAGAGACCUCAAUCUCCGAGGCUGCGUUCAGAUGCGUGAAAAGUGGUCCUCUGAUGGAGAGCGCAUCUCUGAUCUCUGCCGAAACGUCGUCAACUUUUCGCUUGAGGGCUGUCGUAUUGACAAGGCAUCCAUCUACUCAUUCCUUCUCCGCAACCCCCGUUUGGAAUUCAUCAAUGUGUCGGGUCUAUCGACUGUUACAAACUCGGCUAUGAAAGUCAUUGCGCGAUCUUGCCCCCAGCUUGAGACUCUGAAUGUCUCAUGGUGUAGCAACGUUGACACUACCGGUCUGCUCCGAAUUGUGCAGUCUUGUACGCGACUGAAAGAUCUCCGAGCCAGCGAGAUUCGUGGUUUCAGUGACGAGAAGUUCACAUCGGCCUUGUUCGAGCGCAACAGCCUGGACCGUCUGAUCAUGAGUCGCACUGACCUGACCGAUCAAAGUCUGAAGAUGCUGAUGCACGGCAAAGACCCCAUGAUGGAUGUGCUGACUGAUCGUCCUAUCGUUCCACCUCGAAGAUUCCGUCAUCUGGACCUCCAUCAAUGUUCCGAGGUUGGCGAUACCGGGUUGAAGAGUUUGGCUCAUAACGUGCCAGAUCUGCAGGGGUUGCAGGUCUCCCAGUGCUCCGAGCUGACCGACGAUUCCGUCAUGGAUGUCAUUCGCACAACGCCCAAUCUGUCACAUUUGGAACUAGAAGAUUUGGAGCACCUCACAAACGCCACUUUGAUAGAGUUGGCGAGAUCUCCCUGUGCCCAAAGCAUGGAGCAUCUAAACAUCAGCUACUGUGAGAGCCUCAGCGACACAGGAAUGUUGCAAGUCAUGAAGAACUGCCCGAACCUGCGAUCCGUGGAAAUGGACAACACCCGACGACGAUCUCCCCAGGUCGGACUCCGCCUCAUGAUCUUCGACUGCGCAAAUGUCACUUGGGCAGGAGUCAAAGAAGUGCUCUCCAGCAACGCUUACAUUCCGCGUGCCUCCCGCAAACUCGCUUCCACAGUGGUCACCGUGACCCAAACCUCAGACACCGGAUCUUCCCCAGAGACAAGCACAUUCGUCACACCGAGUUCCACACCCUCGCCCUCGCCUUCGCUCACAUACCCGAAUGAAAUCAUUCAACUCAAGUGCUUCUAUGGAUGGCAGAUGACUGUUGACGAACACACGAAACGGGUUCUCCGCGGUGACCUCGCUGCUGCAUCUCGGCUGGAUCGGAAAUGGGCAGACUACAUGAUGGCGACUGAGGAAGCGGGCGCCGCAGGUGCGGGUGCUCGUCGACGCAGACGCCGUGCACGCGAGGCUGAGCGUCUUUACAACGCUGAUGAAGAUGAGGCUGAUACGUAUGGAAUCGGGUCGAUCACUGCUCUCGGCGGUAGACGCCGACGUGCUCAGAGUGGUGGUGGCUGCACUGUCAUGUAA